AUGGCGCGCCUCUUUGCGGUCAUUGUGCCGUUCCUGGCCUUCUUCGUCACGAGCAUCCACGCCGGGAGCUACUGGCCCUCCAAAGACACCAAGGCGGUUUGCGACGCCCUUAUUAAACAGUACCCAGAUAAUCUCGUAUGGGAUCCCCUCGGACCGUACGGCAUCCACACCGUCCUGCACGCGAGCAAGUACAACUCGGCCAACCUCGACUACUGGAACGCCGCCAACAGCCUGAACCGCGCUGCAUGCGCCUUCUUCCCCUCUUCGACGGAGGAGGUGGCCUUUGCCGUGCAGACACUGAACAAGUACGAGUCUGUCCAAUUCGCGCUCAAGGCGGGUGGGCACAACCCCAACCUGGGCUUCUCCAGCGUCAGCGGCGGUGUCCUGGUCGCGUUCCGGCCCAACUUCCAGACGGCGACGCCAUCCGAGGACGGCAGCUCUGUCGAAAUUGGCGCCGGGUGUAAGUGGGAAGAUGUGUAUGGCACUCUGCAACCGCUCGGCCAGACGGUCACGGGCGGCCGUCUUGGUGAUGUGGGCACUACAGGUCUCAUUCUCGGCGGUGGCCUCUCCUACCUCUCUGCGCAGCAUGGAUUUGCCUGCGACAAUGUUCUCAACUUUGAGACGGUCCUUGCCAACGGCACCAUCGCCCACGCCAACGCCACAUCGAACCCCGAUCUAUACUUUGCACUGUGCGGCGGCGGAAACCGUUAUGCGGUCGUCACCAAGACAACAAUGGAGACCUUUGAGGUCGGCGUCAAGGGCCAGGUCUGGGGCGGCGUGCGCACCUACACCGAGGACAAGCACGAGGCAGUACUCAACGCCGUAGCGCGCUUCACUUCCGAAAACACAGACCCCAAGGCAGCCAUCAUCCCGACCUUUGACUUUGCCGGCGUCGUCGCCCUCAGCGUGCCCGUCAUCCUCGUGACCUUUUUCUACGACGGCCUCACCGUCCCCGCGGGCGUUUUUGACGCGUUCCUCGCCAUCAAGUACCUCAGCUCCGACACGGGCGUGCGCACCUUUGAGAGCCUGAGCAAGGAGAUCAUCGCCGGCGACAUGAAGGGCCUGCGCUUCCGCAUCGGCGUCAACUCGUUCCCCGCCAUGCCCGUCGGCAACAUGACGGACUUCCUCGUCGACCACUGGAACCUGGUCAAGAAGAAGUCGGCCGACGCAGCGCUCUUUGACCUGCUCGAUUUUAAAAUCUUUGCGUUUGCCGUGCAGCCGAUGCCGCGCAUGAUUGCGCAGGCGUCCAAGGACAGAAACGGCGGCAACGCGCUCGGCGUCAACCCGGACAAUGGAGAUCGCGUCUGGAUCGAGUACGACCUGGCGUGGGCGAACCCCCUCUGCGACUCGGUCUGCACGGAUUGGAUCAAGGCCAUGGUGCAGGAUGCGCACGACCUGCAUGUGCAAAGGUAUUCGGGCAUCUACCCGACAAACUACAAGAGCGGCGAUUUGGAAACCAUCAGUUAUAACCCCGUCUUUAUGAAUGAUGCGCUGGAUACCCAGCCAGUGCUCAAGAGCUAUGGCGAGCAAAACCGGGCGCGACUCAUGUCCAUCCAGUCAGAAUAUGAUCCGCAUGGUUUCUUCAUGGAUCGACAGAAUGGUCCUGCUUUCUAG